AUGUUCCCUGUCCUGAACUGGCUGUUUUCAUAUCGGUUCAGAGAAUGGAUCUUGAGGGAUCUACUUGCAGGCCUAAGUGUUGGGAUGUUUCAGAUUCCUCAAGGACUUUUAGGAGUUUGGCUCACCAGGUUACCUCUGCCAAAUAUCAAUGGCUUCCUUUCUGCGUUCUGCUGCUCGAUGACAUAUGUUAUAUUUGGGACUUCGCAUCAUAUCUCUAUUGGCUCAUUCAGCAUCCUAAAUGUGGUGGUGACAAACAUUCUGAAGACUCUUAAUUUCAACCAAACAUUGUCCUCUAAUGGUUCACUGGACAACUUCUCAGACCCUACAUUUAUUAAAGAUUACAUGGAGGCCUUGACACUUACCACAUCAAUAACAUUUUUGACUGGCAUCAUUCAGUUGCUGCUAGGCUGCUUUUGCCUGGGGUUUGUAACAACAUAUGUGCCGAAGACUCUCAUUGAUGCUUACCUCACUGCGGCAGCAUUGCAUGUCAUUGUAUCACAGUUUACCUUUAUUUUUGACGUCAUGCUUGACUUCCAUAAAGGCCCCCUGGACAUUUUCUAUAAUCUAUUUCAUUUCUUCCUGACUCUCCCAAAGGCUAAUGCCACCAGCAUAUUGCUAUUUUUGCUCAGCAUGGCCACACUACGACUCAAUACAUCUGUCAUGAUAACUUAUAAACAUAGGCCUAUUGCAUUUCCUAUGGAACUGCUCUUGAUUAUCACAGUCACCAUUAUUUCUAAUCGCAUUCAUCUUCACGCUGAAUCUAGUAGUGCUGUGGUCAGUAUGAUUCCUCAGAGGUUUCUGCCUCCUACACCACCAGAUUUAUCAAACCUGAGCAAGAUCAUACUGCAUGCCUUCUCCCUUGCUAUUGUAAGCUGUUUCCUUCUUGUUUUUGUUGGGGAGAGGUAUGCGUCACUUCACAACUACAAUAUUGCCAGCAAUCAGGAGCUAAUAGCUGUGGGGCUAUGCAAUAUUUGCAGCUCAUUUUUCAAAAGCUUUGUUGUCAGCUGUGCUAUUUCUGGAACUGUCAUUCAAGAGAAGACAGGUGGAAGAACACAGUUAGCAGCAGCGAUUGGAGCAUCUACGAUGCUGGUGAUUGCACUGAAACUAGGACACUUUUUCCAGAUGAUACCUAAUGGUAUACUGGCUGCUAUUGUGGUAUUUAACGUGCUCCCUUUUCUUGAAAAAAUUCUGGACAUCCCCAUCCUGUGGAGACGGGAUAAGUAUCAUUUUGUUAUUUGGCUUGUAACUUUUGCUGUGGUGCUUUGUUUUGGUCUUGAUGUCGGUUUAGUGAUCGCCAUGGGAUUUACGUUCUUCAUCAUCACCAUUAGGUCACACAGAAUGAAGAUGGUGGUGCUGGGACAGAUUCCAAACAUGAAUAUUUAUAGAAGUUUAUCCAUCUACAGAGCCGCAAGGGAGAUUGAAGGUAUCAAAAUCUUCCAGUGCUGUUCUUCCAUCUCUUUCGCAAACAUGAAUCACUUCAAAACCUAUUUGUUACACAAGAUGGACAUGAAAGCAGUGCCUCUAGAUGAAAUUCACACCAUUAUUUUAGACUUCAGCAUGGUGCAAUUUGUGGAUUUGAUAGGCUCAGAGUUACUGCGACAGAUCAUCCAUAUGUUUCACAAUAUUGGCAUUACAGUCCUUAUAGCUGGCUGUCACUCUUCUGUGAUAGCAGACUUUGAGAAGAAUGAUUUCUUUGACAUCUGUGUCACCAAAGAAAGAUUCUUUCUAACUCUUCAUGAUGCUGUGCUAGCUGCUUUGGACAAGCAUCGAAAGCCAGAUGAGUCAGAACCUACUGCAGAAGAGCUUGCUGAAGAACCACUAGCUGAACAGCAGAAGGUAGAAUAUUUAGCUUAA